UUCUUCUCCGAAACAAGCUGUUCAUUUGAAUCAUAUUCCCAAAUUCUGUUUGGCUACUGAGAAACUAUCAGAAAAUUUAGGGUUUUCCCCCAACUGUAAAAAUGGCGUUUGCUGGUCGUAUCAGAUCGAGCUUCCCUUUCGCUAAGCUUCUGAGAUCGGAUGCGAUCUCCACUGCCCAAAGAUCCUCGCCCCGCGAAGCCCUGCUUUGCUCUACUAUCGCCAAUUCCGAGUUGUCAAGGAAUUAUGCCACUGCAACUGGGAAAAAGGAAGAAAAGAUCAAGGUGCCUCUGUCAUUGUUUGGAGGCUCUGGAAACUAUGCCUCUGCCUUGUACCUCUCAGCUGUAAAAGCGAAUGCUUUGGACAAGGUUGAGUCUGAGCUUCUCACAAUUGUUGAGGCUUCGAAGAAAAGUCCUGUAUUUUCUCAGUUCACCAAGGACUCGUCGGUACCUGCAGAGACUAGGGUGAACGCAAUCACUGACAUCGCUGAUCAAGCUAAAUUUUCGGAUAUUACAAAGAACUUCUUGGUUAUUCUGGCUGGGAAUGGGAGGUUAAGAUUCAUUGAAAGCAUAGCAAAGAGAUUUUCGGAGUUGACUAUGGCACAUAAGGGUGAACUGAAAGCCAUUGUGACAACAGUCAUUCCCCUUCCUCCUCAGGAGGAGAAAGAGUUGCAGGAGACAAUCCAGGAUAUAUUUGGACAGGGGAAAAAGGUUACAAUUGAACAAAAGAUUGAUCCCAGUAUUUGGGGUGGGCUAGUGGUACAAUUUGGGCAGAAAGUUUUUGACAUGUCCAUCAAGACUAGGGCACGUCAGAUGGAGAGGUACUUGCGGGAACCCAUACAAAUUGGCAACCUCUAAAUGGUGUUGAGCUAGACCAAGACAGCCUCCCUACCUCUUACCGUCCUGUAUCAGUUUUCUGUUGACAGUGUGAGAAGGAAAAGAAUAUUAUUGAAUUCUUGUGCUUGAACGUUAUCUUACAUAUGAUGGAAUGCCACAUUAUGGGAUGCCAUCUAUUUGCAAAUAAAAGCUUUUUUGUGCACUUUUUUCUGGGUAUUUAUCAAUAGACUACUCAGUUGGAUGGUUUUCA